AUGGCCCUUGCAUAUGGGCCUCAUUCAGACACGAACACUGAGCAUCAGCAGUCCAUGCCCCAGUGUGCACGGAGUGACAAGCCAGAUCAAGUCCAGUUCCCUAUCUCCUUGGCACUGUAUGCGUUACCCCUUGGAACGGAAAGGGGUUACACAGCGGCGGCGGCGCGGCCCUUCGGCUGCCCGGUGCCGGGCUGCGCCUGGUCCUUCGCCACGGCCUACAAACUGCGGCGGCACCUGCACUCGCACGACAAGCUGCGGCCCUUCGCCUGCGCCGCGCCGGGCUGCGCCAAGCGCUUCACCACCGUCUACAACCUGCGGGCCCACAGCCGCGCCCACGAGCAGGAGGCGGCGCACAAGUGCGAGGCGUGCGGGCAGCGCUUCCCCAGCGCCGCCCGCCUCGCCGCCCACCGCCGCCGCAGCCACCAGGAGCCCGAGCGGCCCUACCGCUGCGACUUCCCCGGCUGUGAAAGAACGUUUAUCACAGUGAGUGCGUUAUUCUCCCAUAAUCGAGCCCACUACAGAGAGCAAGAGCAGUUUUCCUGUUCGUUCCCUGGCUGUAACAAGCAGUAUGACAAAGCCUGCCGACUGAAAAUCCACAUGAGGAGUCACACAGGUGAAAGGCCUUUCAUCUGUGACUUCGAAGGUUGUGGCUGGUCUUUCACCAGUAUGUCCAAGCUGCUGAGACAUAAAAGGAAACAUGAAGAUGACAGGAGAUUUAUGUGCCCAGUAGAAGGCUGUGGGAAGUCCUUCACAAGAGCAGAACACUUGAAAGGCCACAGUAUAACUCACCUUGGUACAAAACCAUUCGAGUGUCCAGUAGAAGGCUGUUCUGCAAAAUUUUCAGCACGAAGUAGCCUGUAUAUUCACUCCAAAAAGCAUCUUCAGGAUGUGGACUCAUUAAAGACUCGUUGCCCUGUAUCCAGCUGUAAUAAAUUGUUCACUUCCAAACAUAGUAUGAAGACACACAUGGUCAAACAGCAUAACUUCAGCCCAGAUCUCCUAACUCAGCUUGAAGCAACCAGCUCACUCACACCCAGCAGUGAACUCACUAGUCCGGGACAGAGUGAUCUCAGCAACAUAGACCUUGUAUCCCUCUUCUCCAACGUGUCUAGUAACAAUUCUGGAAUUGCAACAGACAUGGCGCUGGUGAACUCUGGAAUCGUCACGAUCGAUGUUGCUUCGGUGGGCUCAACGCUUGGAGGAAACCUACCUGUCAGUAACAAUUCUUUAAGCCAAGCAGUCGAUCCCUUGAUACUGGUGGCUAGCAGCGAUAUGCCGCAAAGCUUGGACAGUUCUCUCUUGCUGGGAACCAGUGCAACAGUUCUACAGCAAAGCACUUUAAAUUUGGAUGACGUACAGACUGUCAAUGCAGAAGCCUUGGGUUCGCUAGCAUCCCUGUCGGUGAGGAAUUCCGGUCAAGAUGUGCAUGGUUUGACGUCCAGCAAUAAUUUAACAAUCGACACAGCCACUUUGACUCCUUCUAGUAGCCUCGGCGGUACCAAUGUGCCUGAGUUACUAACACCAACUAAAGUUGAACGUAAUUUGCUUCCUAGCUCGGACGUUGUUAGUCAACAAGAGGGCAGCAAAGUAGUGACGCAGUUCGUCUUCUCCAACCCUCCAGGGAGCUACAGUGCACAGAAAGAAAUGGAUCUUGGCACAGUGACUGGCAGCUCAUUUUUGGAGAGCAGUGGGUCUGCAAGAACAGACUACAGAGCCAUUCAGCUAGCCAAGAAAAGAAAACAAAAAGGGAAUGGGAGCAGCACAGGGGCAUCUGGCUCUGGUCAGAGGAAAACCAAGGGUGGUAAAGUAAGCCCUACCAACUUCUCAUCGUCCACUCCUGGCAGUCGGCUGGGUGGCAACAUAGUUUUGCCAAAUGGAGGGCUGACAAUAAGGGACCCUGCCACUGGAGCCCAGUAUGUGCAAAUUCAGCUUCUUCAGGAUGAUUCCCCGGGAGAGGGAGAUUUGCCCUUUCAGCUGAGCUCUCAGUCCUCCUCGUCACAUUCUCAGCUUACAGUGGAUUUACCUGUUCACAUACUUCAGGAACCACACAAUUCCACUGAAGAUGAUGCAGGUUCUGAUAACUCUCAGUUCACUGGAAGCACAAUAAACUUACAGGAUCUGGAAUGACCAUUAUUAAGAACAGUUACUUGAAAACAGAUUGGGCAAUCAUGUCUUAACAGAGUGAGAUAACUGUGUGGGUCUUUCUCCAAGGAAAAUAGGAAAACCAGGAGUACUGGAUUCUGGUUGCACUCUUUGCAAUUUGCUAAGGACAGUUGCAGCUGAAAGAUUUUCUUAAAAAAAUGUAAAUCCCACUUGAUGUGCCUGUGUAAGAUACCCUGUCUGCCUGGUGUUGGAGAGACUGAGGCAGACUGCUGUACAGUGUUGUUUCAGGGAGAAGUACUGUAUUAAACUUCAAACUGAGGUAAUAUUUACUGUUUUCACAGGAAAGCAAGUAUUCUACAGCUAACAAGUACAAAUUUAUGAUCCUGCCUAUGACAGUUAAAACUUUCCUUCCAUUGGUCUCCUGCUGGAGCCAGUGGCAUUGAGGAAUUAAGAGCUAAAAUUUGGAAGUGUUUUCCACACACACAAAAAAAAUAAUUUUUCGGCCCCUGUGUUUUGGCAGAAAACUGGAAUGUAAUACGUAACAAAAUUAAUGUCCUACGCCAUGAAAAUGAGAUGCUCUAAAAUCUUUUUUUAGAAAGUUAGACUCUAAAUGUUAACUUAGCUGUGAAUCAGUUUGUAGCUCAUGUUGAGUUUCUCCCUUUCCUUGCUCCUGUGUCCCAAAUACUUUGCUGAAUUCUUCCAGCAAAACUUUAAGAAGAAAACUGCAAUAGAUCUGUACUCACUGUAAGUGAUUAUCUAAGAGUCCAACAGCAUCUGAGAGGUUUGUUUUAUGUUUGUGUUCCCUUUUUUGGGAGGAAUGUUGACUGUCACGUAAAUUUAAGCACCUUGAUUUUAUCUCAUCUAUAAACUGCUGCCAAGUUACCUGUAAACUGGCCACUACCUUUUUAUUUUGGGUUGUUUUGGUUUUUUUUCAAUUGAACACUGUUAACACUUGUUCUUUAUUGAUAUCCUAGAGUGUCACGUGCACGUGGAGCUUCCAGCUGGUUUACAGAAUAAGCAGUUGUCAGAGUAUUUUAUGAGGGAAGAAGAAUUGUUACGUAGGAAGAUUUGCCCCACUGAAAAACAGCAGUUUCUCUUGGGGGCUGGAGGAGAGGUUAUAUGUACUGUACUUAUCUGGAUUGCAGACACAUAAAUAAAUAUAGGGUUGUAUAGGAAAAAAAAA